AUGCCGUUCACCGCCUCGGACAUCUGCAAGAUCAUCCUUGCCAUCAUCCUCCCGCCUCUUGGUGUCUUCCUCGAGCGUGGCUGCAAUGCUGACUUCUGGAUCAACGUCCUCCUUACGAUCCUCGGCUACAUCCCCGGCAUCAUCCACGCUCUUUACAUCAUCUUGAAGUACUAA